GCUGGAAAAAAACGGAAAGAAAAAUGUCUUCGGAGCAGAGGACAAGCUGGAUGCUGACAUGCGCUACGGUCGCUUGUGUCGCUGCUCUCUAUGUGCCCUGUGUUCAGAAGACUGUUCCCGGUGGAGACUCAGGAGAGCUGAUCACCACUGCCUGUGAGCUGGGGGUGGCGCAUCCUCCAGGAUACCCUAUCUUUACCCUUCUAGCUCGCCUGGCCAUGUGCCUCCUGCCCGCCCUCUCCCCGGCCCACAGCGUCAACUUGAUGAGCAGUCUGCUGGGGGCUGCAGCUAGCGGUACUCUGUGCAUUUCUGUUUGCAGCUUGGUAGGUCCUGGUCCUGGAGCUGUGCUGGCUGGAGGAUCGUUCGCCAUAUCCAGGCUGAGCUGGCAGUGGUCGAUGGUGGCUGAAGUUUUCUCUCUCAACAACUUUUUUGUUGGUCUGCUCUUCUUCUUGACUGUAAGCUUCCACUGUGCAGAAAAUGCAGCUCAGAGGAGGAAGGUGGCACACUGGGGAGCGCUAUGCUGUGGCCUGGGACUCUGCAACCAGCACACCCUGGUUCUGUACGUGCUGGUCAUCAUUCCCUGGGUCUUUUACAGACUUUACUCUCAAAAGGAGCUGUCCUUGUGGGUCCUUGUUACUCUUGGAGUGUGUUUCCUGGCUGGUUUCCUGCCUUACAUCUACCUGCCCAUCUCCUCCUAUCAGAACACUGCUCGCUGGAGCUGGGGGGAUCAGACCACUCUGUCAGGCCUGCUGACCCACCUCCUGAGGGUUGAAUAUGGCACCUUCAGUCUGGCAAAGACAGAGAGCUCUGUAAACUUCACUACAAUGUUAAGGGCUCAGUUGGACCACUGCCUGGCGGACCUCUCACUCCCCUGUCUCGCACUUGCAGGAACAGGCCUUCUCCUCUCCUCACGGGACAGGAUUUGUCGCUCUGUGGCCUGGCUGUUUACUGCCAUGUUAGUCGUGUACUCACUGUUUUUCGCUUGGAGAGCAAACCUGGACAUCAGCAGACCCCUGCUGCUCGGAGUGGUUGAGCGUUUCUGGCUCCAGAGUGAUGCUGCAGUGUGUGUGCUGGCAGGCCUCGGCCUGAGCCAGACACACACGGAGCUGGAGAGGAGGCUAGGCUGUGGGGGGCUAUGGAAGACCUCAGGCUGGGUCCUCACUGUGGGUCUAUUGGCACAUAUGGCGCACAGCAAUCACAGGGAGUGUGAUCAGAGUGGAAACAGUGUGGUCGAGAGGUUCGGCAGGGAGCUGCUGGCCUCCGCUCCAAAUGACUCCAUCAUUCUGACCAGAGGAGAUCUGCCUGGGAACUCACUGCGCUACUUGUACUACUGUGAGGAGGUUCGGCCUGAUGUUCGUCUGGUUGACCAGGAGAUGAUGACAUACAGUUGGUACGUAGCCAAACUGGCGCACCACCACCCUGGGGUCCACUUCCCUGGCCGCUGGUGGGACCCGGUCCACCCUGAGGGGAAAGACACCUUCAAUCUGGAGCAGUUUCUGUCCCGGAACACACAGAGGGAUGCUGUUGCCUGCAUUGGGUUGCAUGAAGGAGACCCCAGCUGGGAGCAAAGUUUCUCCCGUUGGCCGUGGGGCGUGUGCGACUUCUUGGUGCCAGCUCAGAGGCAGUUUCACCCUGAAAGGUGGGCCCAGCAGACCCGCAACAUGUACAAGUGGACAGAGCCAUACAGCAGUUUCCAUCCUGCGUCCUGGGAGCAUGUCGCUAAUGAGGAGAUGUGGCAAGCCAGGAUGAAGACGGCUUUCUUUCUGUUUGACCUGGCAGAAAGGAUGCAGGGAGAGGGGAGCGCUCGCCUCUUUGAGCUGUCUUACACUCUGUAUAAGGAGAUUGUAGAGGCCUACUCAGACUACCCUCCAAACUGGGACAAGAACUUGGCAUUGGCUUGCGAGAGGCUGCUCCGCUCCGGUCAGCAGGGCCACAGUCCAGACAGCCUGCUGACCUGCAGCACCCAGCACUUCAGCCUCUACUUAGAGAAGGAACCCACAGAUCCCCAGGCACCCGCUGUACGCUCCGCCAUUACUCACCUGCUCAAAGAGAGGGAGAGACUCCGCCAGAGCCAGAGGCCAACCCUGUAACAAGGACCAGGAGACCUCGAUGGGUCUUGAGCAGUGAGAGUGUUGGCCCAGCCUCGGCACCAGGGAUGAGUCUGAAUGAGCCUCUGAAGGUGACAGUGUGCUUUUUUGCUGAUGGGCUAGGUCAGGUUGGACUUUUAUGUUGAGAAGAAUGUUGAUGCAGACGUAUUUGUCUCAAGAAAUCAGCACAAAGGACGCAGAACUUCCCCUCAGCUGUGCCUCGUUUAAUGAAGUUUGACCAGGGACAGAGCUUGACUUCAGGAAGCCUUGACUGACCCCAAUCAAGGCAUGCUUGCUCCCCUUUAACUCACCCAUUCGACUGCUGUAUCGUUACAUCUCUUUCCUUUCCUCCUCUGCUCUCACAGCUUUUAACGUGCUGAUUAUUCUGCCUCAGCCACUGCUCCACUUCUCUUUUUCUCACAUUAGGAUGGCAAGGCCGAGAUUGAGGGAAAAACCAAUUUGGGGGCAGAAAUGGGGGAUUAGAGCGGCUGUUUAAUCUAGGACAGACUUGUGCUGUGCCACAGUCCACACUCCACAUAACCAGCACUACCCACCCACUCACCCACCCCAC